AUGCAACUUCAAUGUGCACUGGAUCUUGAUGAAGCUGAGAAACACGACAUAUAUAAAGUCGAUCAAUUGCAGGCUAUGAGAUGGGUUGCCUGGAAUGAAAUAUCUGCUAAUACGAUCAAAAAUUGCUGGUUUCACACAAAAAUUAUAUCUCCACAUGAUGAGGAUGGUGUACUAGUUGUCCCACCUCCUCCAUCUCCUCUCAUCGAAGAUGUGGAAGAAAGCUUAUUUGUUGAUCCAGAUGAUGAAUUAGCCACCAUGAAGCUCCAGCAAACAAUAGAUGCAUUGUGCACUCGUAAUCCAAUGCCAAUUAAAGCUUUGUUAGACCUUGAGGAGGAAAAAACAGAUAUACACCAACAAUUUAAUGAUGAUGACUUUGUACAAGCUGCUACAGAAAUAGACCAUGUAGAGAAUGAAGUCAUUAUACAACCCUUAACCAGACAAGAACAGUUGAAAAUUCUGUGCAAUGCUCUGCAAAUCAUUGAUGAAAAAAUUGAUGAUAGUGGAAUUACAAUGAAGGCUUUGCGUAAGCUUCAAACAUGUAUUCGUGAGGAGAUUUGA